CAGUAUCAUUUUGAUUUUAGAACUUAGAGUAGAAACAUUUAAAUUAAAUAAUUGUGAACAUUUUCGGACACUAAAAUCCAGACAAAAUCAAAUAAGUAUGAAUCGUUUAAUAAGUACCUCGAUUUUAAAAUUAGGCGAAUCGUAUAUAUCGUGUUUUCGAAAUAUUGCUGGAUGUCCACAGCCGAUAGAACUCAACGUGCAAGAAAUCUUAAGUAACAAGAAGUCGGAUCCAUGCAAAAAGGAAGAUCCCUGCAAAAAGAAAGAUCCUUGCAAAAAGAAGAAGGAAGAUCCAUGCAAGAAGAAGAAAGACCCUUGUAAAAAGAAAGAGGAUCCUUGCAAGAAAAAGGAGGAUCCCUGCAAAAAGAAAGAUCCUUGCAAGAAAAAGAAGGAGGACCCCUGUAAAAAGAAAGAUCCAUGCAAAAAGAAGGAAGAUCCUUGCAAGAAGAAAGAUCCCUGCAACAAAGAUGAUUCCAACAAGAAGAAAAAGACCGUGUGUAAUAAAGUACUAACACCUACAUCUCCACGCUGCAAGGACGGUAAAGGCGGAAAGCAAAAAAAAUAAAUGUUGAGUCCCAUUAAUUUUUUCUGUUCACCGAAAUAAAGAUAUGCCAAUUUUAAA